AUGAGAGAGGUCAAUUUCAGCAUCCCCAACGUCAACAAGGCGUCAGUGGGGAUUACCACAGCCUUAUACGAUCGCCGAGCACUCGACUGCACUUCCACUUUACCACUUAUCAACUCACUCAAUCAUCUUGCCUAUCUCACAACAUCUUCGGCACGUAUUCGCGAUAUUCUGACUGUUGAUGGAGGAAUUGAACGUUUGGUGUGUAUUCUCAAGCAAGGACGGAAUGGAGAUAUGAUGAGCAUUUGGAAGUGGAAUCUCGCCUUCCAAUGCGUUGUCAACAUCGGCGUCCGAGGAACAGAGAAUGUGCGGACUCGGGUGGUGGAGGCAGACAUGGUCCCUGUCAUAGCCACGAUCCUUGAUAACUAUAUCAAAGUCAUAGAACGAUGUCGCGAAAAGGCCGAUGAACUAAAACAAAAACAGUCUCACGACCAUCAUCACCGGCACAGGAAUCAUGAUCACCGGCACUCAUCCAAAACUUCUCCUUCAUCCCACACCGGCCGUUCCACAAUUCACGAUGGAGAACCACGAAAUGCUACACGACGGGAAUCAUCAUCAACUCCUGAUGCGUCAGAGGCUCUGGCUGGGCCUUCCGUCACUUCAGCCGGGCAGGGUGUUAAUGAUGCAACCUCAGCAUCUUAUUCACACAUUUAUACCAAUAUUGACGCAAACCACAUACCCCCCAGCUCUCAUGCGACGGAUGCGCCAUAUGCCACCACAACGCGGCAAGACACCCACACUCCAGUUCCAGGACCCCCGAUGGCGGAUAGCCAUGAUGGAUUCGCGCGAGUUUUGCGUGAUGUAGACCGCUUAACAUCCAUAUCUACUUUUGGAGCUACUGGCCUGAUGACUCAACCAAUGUCACCAACAACUCCCGUUCCCUUACUUCAGCUGCGACCACCAACAGUGCGAUCCGCAACAAACUUGGAUGUUACAGUCGGUCGGUCACGAAGGCGGCCGUCAAUCAGACAUCAGAAUUCAACCGCCGAAUCUGACGAUUUCAAUGGCGAUAAUAUCACAAUGGAUGACAAUGAGGCUAUCCUAACAGGAGACUCACUCGACCUGACUAAUCCUACUGCGUCCGAAGCUCACCAAGAUGCCGAGACUUUCAACAUUGCUCACCGUUCAAAUCUUGAUGGGAGUAUCAGAGAUGAUAUAACACAUACACCAGUUGCGCCAGUUGGCCUUUCUCCAAGCCGUCCAACCUUAGUCGCUACGCCACACCCGCCAACUCCGAGUUCUGCCAUCCCUCGAUAUUUGCUUGAUCGACACCUCAUACCGCAUCCACAACUAUUAUCCGCAAUGCCACGCGAAGAGGAUGUGCUCAUGUCCCUGCAGUUAUUGGCGUAUGUCUCUAAGUAUUGCUGUUUGCGUACAUACUUUCAGAAAAGCCAUAUUGUACCAACUCUUGCAAUUGCCAAGGAUCUCUUUGCUCUGGAUCCAGAAGAAGCAGGGGGCGAAGAGGAGGUAACUUCAUCUUCUGCUGACAACGAGACCGAGAUAGAGGACGAAUACUUGCUCGAGGACGACUUUAACUUAUUUCCUUUGGUCGAAAAGUUUACUGUUAGGUACCACAGCACGGACAUGCAAUACUGGGCAGGGGUGGUAAUGCGCAACCUAUGUCGAAAAGAUGACACGCGGGGAGGAAUUCGACAGUGCGCAUACUAUCAAUGUGGCAAAUGGGAGGAAUUUACCCGUCAGUUCGCCAAAUGCCGCCGCUGCCGUCGAACAAAGUACUGCAGUAAGGACUGCCAAAAGAGCGCCUGGGCUUUUCAUCGUCAUUGGUGCGUGGCUGCAACGCAGUGA